ACUCAAACACAUAAUCAAAACGUUAUAUGUUGUUAUUAUUUAAGGAAUAGGUCGACAUUUACCAUGUUAUUAUUUAUUUAUGUUAUUAUGGUAAAUUAAAAUAAUUUGAUAUCUAAAGGCGCGCAAGCGGAAGAAAUUUUAGCAUAAAUAUUCUUUUACGGUCAAAUUACAGAGGAAAUAUGUAGAAUAAUGCAUAUUUGUAUGCUUUUAAUACGUUAAGAUAGUAUGUUUAUACAUUAUGUUAGUUUUAUUUUAUCAAGCAAUAUUUACAAAUUAGAAAUAUAAACGCAGAACGCAUUGAAAAACUUCUUUGCAUUUUGAUGUUUUGUGAUUACGCACAUGUGAAAGUUUAGAUAUAGUACAUAAUUUUCAAUAUAAUAUUUUUUUUUUUGUAAACUAAUUUUCAAUAUAAUUUUUAACGCAAUAAAUACUAUUUCUUACGGAUGCAUUUACAGUUUUUGUAAAUAUAUAGUUUUGAAAAAGAAAAAAAACCUCUCAAGUGUAGUAGUUCCAUACAAAAAUACACAUAAUUUAACAUGCAUACAAAAUGUUGAUGCAAACGAAAAAACUUGAAAAUAGAUUUGGUAAACAAAAGAACCAUCUUCGUCGUAGAUAACAUGACUUUUUGCUAACCGUGUUAAGUCGAGCUCAAGCUAUAACCCGAUAGUCUUACAAACUUUUCGAACACAAAAGAAACUUCUAUUUAGAUUCAGUCAAUACCAUGCGUGCAUCAUCCUUGAAAAUUUCUUCUCCUUUAGGUCCAAAAUUUAAUUACUCUCCUCCUUUACUUUUUAGGGAAAUAACAAUCAACUAUUUCAGCAUUAUUACGUCUUCGUGUGUAGACUUAUAUACAAACCUGAUCAUUUGACUUGGUCAAGUUCGUGACUAGUUUUUUCUUUGGUCCUAAACCCAACAUCCGGACCGGAUCAAUGGGUUAUACCAUCGCUAGUUCUUCUAUAAAUACGCAUUAAACCAAGAACACACUUCAUAAUAAUUUCAUACAUAUCUAACUCGAAAUUCCAGCCUAUGUCCGAAGCUUCUUCUUUGCUAAUUCCUAAAACAAACUCUCCAGUUUCAUCUAAAUUAAUGGCAAACAAAUCCCUCACAGGCCUAGAGAGUCUCAUAAAGCUUCUCCCAACAGGAACGCUAUUCAUCUACCUAUUACUCAACCCUGUCCUCACAAACGACGGUGAAUGUUCCACAGCUAAUAAGGUCAUGUCAAGCAUUCUAGUCGCUCUUUGCAGCUUUUCUUGUGUGUUUUCAUGUUUCACCGAUAGUUUCAAAGGCACCGAUGGAUCAAGAAAGUAUGGUAUAGUCACCAAGACGGGUCUCUGGACUUACGCGGAUCCAGGAUCCGUGGAUUUGUCUAAGUACAAGCUUAGGAUUGCGGAUUUUGUUCAUGCGGUUUUCGUGGUGGCUGUGUUUGGGACUUUGGUGUUGCUUGAUGCUAAUACCGCAAGCUGCUUUUAUCCUCGGUUUAGGGAAACGCAGAAGACUUUGAUCAUGGCUUUGCCUCCGGCUGUGGGCGUUGCCUCGGCUGCUAUCUUCGCUAUAUUUCCGAGUAAACGGAAUGGAAUCGGUUACGCUCCAGUUGGUGAGGAGGAGGAGACCAAGAAGGGUUCUGACUCUGCAUGAGACGUGUUGCUUCUCUUUUUUCUAAAUUGUUGUGAUGUUGGUCAAGAUUUGUUGUAGAAUAUAACUAAAGAAAACGAUUGUGUGCUUAAAACAUUUACUUAGUUCUUUUAACCACUGUA